AAGAAGAACUGCUAAACGUUGUUAGGCUUUAGCUUCUGGAGAGCGUCAGAGAGGGAACGAGGGCGGCUAAAUUUUUGCAAUGCCGAAUAAAGCGAAAAAAGAGAAGGAGUCGGGAAAAGUUGUCAAAACCGGAGGUCAAGAAAACGACCAUGAGCAGGGUUCCAAUAGGAAAGGCAGUAACAGCGUCCCUCCCGCCACUCAGCUGCUGAAGGGCAAGCAGCCGGGUUCCCAGACGCCGGUCAAGAAGGACAAGAGGCAGAGCUCGUCCCGCUUCAGCCUCAGCAACAACAGAGAGCUGCAGAAGCUGCCUGCCUUCAAAGAUGUCCCUCCGGCUGAGCAGGAAAAGUUGUUUGUCCAGAAGCUGCGUCAGUGCUGCGUCCUGUUUGACUUUUUGUCGGACCCUCUGAGCGACCUGAAAUGGAAGGAGGUGAAGCGGGCAGCGCUCAGCGAGAUGGUGGAGUACAUCACCCACAACAGGAACGUCAUCACAGAGCCCAUCUACCCAGAGGUGGUGCACGUGUUUGCAGUGAACAUGUUCAGGACAUUGCCUCCAUCAUCCAACCCCACAGGGGCUGAGUUUGACCCCGAGGAGGAUGAGCCCACGCUAGAGGCCGCGUGGCCACACCUCCAGCUCGUCUACGAGUUCUUUCUCCGGUUUCUGGAGUCUCCAGACUUUCAACCAAAUGUGGCCAAGAAGUAUAUCGACCAGAAAUUUGUAAUGCAGCUAUUAGACCUGUUUGACAGUGAAGACCCCAGGGAAAGGGACUUUCUGAAGACCACUCUGCAUCGCAUCUACGGAAAGUUCCUGGGCCUGAGAGCGUACAUCAGGAAACAGAUCAAUAACAUAUUCUAUAAGUUCAUUUAUGAAACAGAACGUCAUAACGGAAUAGCAGAGUUAUUGGAAAUAUUAGGAAGCAUAAUCAAUGGCUUUGCCUUACCGUUGAAAGAGGAGCACAAGAUCUUCCUGUUGAAAGUGUUGCUGCCUUUACACAAAGUCAAGUCCCUUAGUGUGUAUCACCCACAGCUGGCUUAUUGCGUGGUGCAGUUUCUAGAGAAGGACAGCACUCUCACAGAACCGACGGUGAUGGCUCUGUUGAAGUACUGGCCGAAGACGCACAGUCCAAAGGAGGUGAUGUUCCUCAAUGAGCUGGAGGAAAUUCUGGACGUCAUCGAACCCUCGGAGUUCGUCAAGGUCAUGGAGCCUCUCUUCAGACAGCUGGCCAAGUGUGUGUCCAGCCCUCACUUCCAGGUGGCUGAGAGAGCGCUGUACUACUGGAACAAUGAGUACAUCAUGAGUCUGAUCAGUGACAAUGCUGCCAGGAUACUCCCUAUUAUGUUCCCCUCGCUCUACCUCAACUCCAAGACCCACUGGAACAAGACGAUCCACGGUCUGAUAUACAACGCCCUGAAGCUCUUCAUGGAGAUGAACCAGAAGCUGUUUGAUGACUGCACACAGCAGUUCAGAACAGAGAAGAACAAAGAGAAGGCCAAGUGGAAAGAGAGAGAAGAGGCGUGGGUGAAGAUUGAGAAUCUGGCCAAGUCCAACCCUCAGUUCCUGGUGUACGUGGACCCGUCAGACCUGGGUAGUCCUAUGGAGACAGACGGACCAAUGAUGGAGGAUGUUAACAUCUUGAAGAAGACCAUAGAGGAAGAAGCCACACAGCUCCAGAGGAACGAGCGUAAGGAGCGUCCGCUGGUCAGGAGGAAGUCUGAGCUGCCUCAGGACAUCUCCACUGUCAAGGCCCUGGAGACGCACCGGAGGGCCAAUGAUAUGGUCACACCACACGACGGACACUAAAGACACACACACGUACAGACAGUCUCUCUCACACACACACACAAACAAACACACACACAUAGUCGCACACACACACACACACGUGUACAGACAGUCACACAUACACAGUCAGACACCACAUACUGACAGACAGACCAGCCCCGGGGGGCCCAGAACAGUCCAGCACAGAUAAGGUCCAGAAUAGAACAAAACAGAAUGGCCUGGCUGAAAGAAGCUGCAGCUCAAACAACUCCACCAGUCCAACUCUGAAGUGUUCCCCAGUUCGCUCCAGCCCUGCCAGGAGAUGUCAAUGGCACAGGACUGUAUGGCAUGACCACCAAACAUGACAUUGUUCCCCUCGCCCGCCCUCCCUCCCUCUCUCUGUCUUGUAAAAGCAGUGCUGUUCCCUUCUGGUCAUUUUUCUCAGGUCUUCUGUUAUUGUUUUAAUUUGUUGGUUUCUUUCUGUUUUUCUCUCAUCCUCAUUCUAGAUGUCAUGUGCACUGGCAAUAGGACUGGCAGACAGACAUGUAUUAUAGAUGCAUACUGUACGUAAUGGGCAAAGGAAGAAGCAGUUUAGUCUCCUCUCUCGCUCUCUCAGCAUAGAGAGGAAAGCACAGUCCUUCUCUCUCAUGUUUAUUCUUUGUUGCCUAGUUACUGCUGCUAUUGCCAUAAGCGUAAUUUUUCUCUUGUUUCUUGUGUUCUGCUAGGAUUGAUUUGAUGGUAGGGGAAUUAUUGGGGACCGUCAAGAGACGUAAUAAAGUUGUGGCUCUAAACGUGCUUGGCUGAGUGAAAGGGGGGUUCUUCUGUCCACUGGACAUCAGCUGGUCUGUACAGACCUAGUUUGGUGCCAAACUCACUCUUGCUUUUUCUCGCUUUUUAAAAAACUUAUCCGCCCUUUCUUAGCUGUAUGAUAUUGUAUGCAAUAAGUUGUCCCAGGUUGCAGUGUGUUUGGUUGGUUCGAACAAUGGUUAAUGGUUUUCUAAGACUGAGGGCACAGCACAUCAAUUGUUUUCUGCAUCCGCUAGAGUUCACUGUCCAUGUGAACACGCCAAUCUCAUUCCCUGUCGGUCUGUUUUUGUCUUCAUUCAUAAUCAGUAUUGAUCAAGACAUCCAAGUCAUGUUAGUGUUGUGAAAAGUGUGGUCCGUGUUCUAGUUCAGUGUUUAGACUCCCUUUGAGCUGUAGUGUGUGAGGAGGGCUACACACAGAGGAAUACCUGCUCCUCACAACCAAGACCCCUCUCUUUCUGAUGUUGCUUUUCUACGUUGGGAAGUAGUAGCCUAGUUCAGUCAUAUAAAGAUAAUUCUGUCUGUAGUAAGUCAAAAUUCAUCACAAGCCUUUCCUUUCAUAGUGCCUUUAUUGAACACGCGGCUAAACGGAGGGUAGAAUAGCAGUGUUAUGUGAAUGCAGAACCAUGUUCAAUUUAGCAUUAGCUUCCCAACAGACCAGAGAGACGCACGUUGAAACACAAUGACACACACCCACAGAGUAUUUGGUAUGUAUUUAGGGCCAUGUUUGGUGUAAAACGCAUACGAGCUGGUUUUUGUUAAAUCUACAAAGCAGAUCAAUGAUUGUGGUCAAGCUAGAGAGGAGUGGGUAAGCCCCAAAGACUUAACAUAGAAGCACUUCCUGAUAAAACUUGAAGAAUAAAAACCCAAGAUCCAAAAUGAAUGAAUCAUUCGUGCUGUCUGGUCUGAGUUACGUCAGUUCCUCUGUGUGCCUGAUGAAAAAGGUGUAGGAAAGGAUGCUUCUCAUUCAACCUGAUCUUAUUACCCCACGCCCUGUUCCAUUUAGGAUGUCCCCAAAUGGCACCUUAUUCUAGAGCCCGAUGGACCGUGAUCGAAAGAAGUGCACUAUAUAGGAAAUAGUGUGCCAUUUUUAAGAUGUAGGCAGAGUAUUGAUGUGAUACAACACCAUUGUUUGAGUACCGACAGACAGACAUGCACUCUGGCUGUAUCCCUGUAGAGAAGCUCUGUGUGUGUGAGACACUACUUCUGGAUGUGUGCAGGGUCUUUUCCAUUGCCUGCAAAAACUCUGAUGUUCAGAUUGAAUGUGCAAAUUGUAAAUAUACUACUAUUACUAUCACGAUGUUUCACUGUCUCUUUCUAGAUUAUUUUCUUUGUCUUAAAUUUAUGGUGAAUGUUAUUCUUUAUGCCACCCCCCCAACUAUUUUGCUGUAAAAUUACUAAAAGGAGGUAUAGAGUGCUUUUAUAGAUGGCACAAACAAAACUGGAUGGCACCAGGGUUUGGGUUAAUUUAGGAAGUCAUCUGAAAUACAAAUGUUCCUCAUUGCUUCACAGAGGAGAAUUGUAAUUUCAGUUGACUGAAUGUGAAUGGAUCCCUGGCUGUUCCCAGUGUCCUGAGAGCAGAGAGGACUCUGUUGGUGACUGUUGUUCUUCAUCAAAUUGCUUUAAUAUUGUAGCCUCUGGCGCUCUCUAUUUUACAUACAGUGCAUUCGGAAAGUAUUCAGACCCCUUGACUUUUUCUACAUUUUGUUACGUUACAGCCUAAUUCUAAAAUGUAUUAAGUUGUUUUCCCCCUUAUCAAUCUACUCACAAUACCCCAUAAUGACAAAGCAGAAAGUUUUUUGAAAUUUGGGCAAAUUUGUAUAAAAAAACAAAAAGAAGCUAUCACAUUUACAUAAGUGUUCAGACCCUUUACUCGGUACUUUGUUGAAGCACCUUUAGCAGUGAUUACAGCCUUCAGUCUUCUUGGGUAUGACGCUACCAGCCUGGCACACCUGUAUUUGGGGAGAUUCUCCCGUUCUUCUCUGCAGAUCCUCUCAAGCUGUCAGUUUGGAUGGGGAGCAUUGCUGCACAGCUAUUUUCAGGUCUCUCCAGAGAUGUUCGAUUGGGUUAAAGUCCGGGCUCUGGUUGGGCCACACAAGGACAUUGAGACUUGUCCCGACGCCACUCCUGCAUUGUCUUGGCUGUGUGCUUAGGGUCGUGGUCCUGCUGGAAGGUGAACCUUCACCCCAGUCUGAGGUCCUGAGUGCUCUGGAACAGGUUUUCAUCAAUGAUCUCUCUGUACUUUUCUCCGUUCAUCUUUGCCUCAACCCUGACUAGUCUCCCAGUCCCUGCCGCUGAAAAAGAUCCCCAAAGCAUGAUGCUGCCACCACCAUGCUUCACUGUAGGGAUGGUAUUGGCCAGGUGACGAGCGGUGCAUGGUAUUCUGGCCAAAGAGGUUGAUCUUUGUUUCAUCAGAGCAGAGAAUUUUCUUUGUCAUGGUCUGAAUUUUCUUUGUCAUGGUCUUUAGGUGCUUUAUGGCAAACUCCAAGCGGGCUAUCAUGUGCCUUUUUACUGAGGAGUGGCUUUCUUCUUGCAACUCUACCAUAAAGGUCUGAUUGGUGGAGUGCUGCAGAGAUUGUUGUCCUUCUGGAAGGUUCUCCCAUCUCCACAGAGCAAUUCUGGAGCUCUGUCAGUGACCAUCGGGUUCUUGGUCACAUCCCUGACCAAGGCCCUUCUCCCCAGACUGCUGAGCGGCCAGCUCUAGGAUGAGUCUUGGUGGUUCCAUACUUCCUCUAUUUAAGAAUGGAGGCCACUGUGUUCUUUGGGACCUUCAAUCCUGCAGAAAUGUUUUGGUACCCUUCCCUAGAUCUGUGCCUCGACACAAUCCUGUCUCGGUGCUCUAUGGACAAUUCCUUCAACCUCAUGGCUUGGUUUUUACUCUGACAUGCACUGUCAACUGUGGGACCUUAUAUAGACAGGUGUGUGCGCCUUUCCAAAUCAUGUCCAAUCAAUUGUUUUUUCCACAGGUGGACUCCAAGUUGUAGAAAUAUCUCAAGGCUGAUCAAUGGAAACCAGAUGCACCUGAGCUCAAUUUUUAGUCUCAUAGCAAAGGGUCUGAAUACUUAUGUAAAUAAGGUAUUUCUGUUUUUUAUAAAAUGGCAAACAUUUCUAAAAAAUAAGAAGAAAAAAAAAAAACAGUUUUCCCUUUGUCAUUGUGGGGUUCUGCGUAGAUUGCUCAGGAUUUUUUUUAGAAUAAGGCUAAUGUAACAAUGUGGGAGAAGUCAAGGGUUCUGAAUACUUUGCGACGGUACUGUUUUUUAAAUUUAAUUUUUUAAAUAAUAAUUCUACAAGUGUCUUUUGGUAUACAACCCUGUAUGAUAAUUGGCAUCAUCUAAUAUUGUACAUAUAAUGUACUUUUAUUUUGUUAUAGCUACUACAUGGUAGAUGUAAUAUUUUGUACGGAAUGUCCCCUGUGUACAGACAACAAAGGUUAUUAGCUACCACAGUUGGGAUGUGUGACAGACGUCAACACGUGACCUAUAUGCAUUUAGAACAGUUUUGAAUUUGGAUUCUACUAUUUUUUUAUCGAUUUGUAAUCCACGAUUUUCUUUGUUUCAGCAUUUUAAAAGUAUGUGAUGAGUUCCUACAUACAUCAGCAUUGUGUGUGUGCUUUUAUCCAAAAUCUCCAGUGGUGUACAUCUAUCUAGCUGUAUAUGGUAAAUAAAGAGAACAUGUGAGUUUUUAUAUUUUCAUCCUAGAA